AUGGAUAUUGUCUACAGCAGCGGGGUGCGGGUUAUACAGCACCUGCAGAACAACUACAGGGAAUAUCACAACUUCCUCAACUUCAUGUCAACUGUGGGCGACCCUCGUAAUAUUUUCUCUGUUUAUUUCCCCCUCUGGUUCCAUCUCAGCCACAAUGUGGGCACCAAGAUGAUAUGGGUGGCCGUUAUUGGAGACUGGUUCAAUCUAAUUUUCAAAUGGAUUCUGUUUGGUCAGCGACCUUACUGGUGGGUCCAAGAAACUCACUUCUACCACAACGAUUCUUUCCCACAUUUGGAGCAAUUUCACAUCACAUGUGAAACAGGGCCAGGUAGUCCAUCUGGUCAUGCCAUGGGUUCAUCUUGUGUGUGGUAUGUGAUGAUCACCUCGGCUCUGAACUUUACCAGGCCUUCCUCCAUGGUUUCUUCAUUACUGGUUAUGUGUAAAUACGUCUAUCCUCUCAGGUUUUGUUUUCUGAGGUCCGGUCUGUGGAUGGCUUUUUGGGUCAUUCAGAUAAGCGUCUGCAUCUCCAGGGUUUUCAUUGCAACACAUUUCCCACAUCAGGUUAUCCUUGGUCUUUUAGCAGGUAUGCUGGUAGCUGAAGUGUUUGAUCACAUCCCCUCAGUCUACAAUGCAAGUUUGAAAGUGUACCUCCAGACCAACGCUUUUCUUUUCUCUUUUGCUAUUUGCUUUUAUCUGCUCCUCAAACUGAUGGACAUUGACCUUCUGUGGUCAGUUACUAAAGCCAAGAAGUGGUGUGCUAACCCAGAGUGGAUCCAUCUCGACACCACCCCUUUUGCUGGUCUUGUGAGAAACCUCGGAGCCUUGUUUGGUCUGGGCUUGGCAGUGAACUCUGAGAUGUUCAUUCAGAGCUGUAAGGGGAAGAAUGGCUACAAAACCAGAUUUAAACUCAUGUGUGUGACGGCAACUCUCACGUGUCUGCAGCUGUACGAUUUCAUCAAAAUGCCCACUCACACUGAGGUUCUGUUUUACAUCCUGUCGUUUUGUAAGAGUGCUUUAGUACCUCUUGGUGUGGUUGCCAUUAUUCCUUACUGUGUUCAUUUGCUGAUUGGAGACGAGGACAGGAAGCUAGCUUAGAUUAUGGAGGAAUGGAAUUUGCAACAUUUCUCACAUCGCUUUUAAACUAGUGUUAA